AUGGAGGCAGCAGGAAGGCGUCUGGAAACAUCACCUGUUUUUUCUGACAGCUUUGGAGUAUGUUGCAUCACCCCUUGGUGUGGAGUAGAUCAAAGGAUCUGUAGAAUAAUGGCUCGAAGCCAAGAAGGAGGAGAAAUCAGAAGUUACAAGUGUUCACUGGUUUACGAAUCUAAGGUGGAGAGGAAAACAGACAGUAAAUUAACUGGGCAUAGUAUGAAGCUACUUAAGAUUAACAGGCUGGAAGAGAUCAAUGCACGAUACAACAGCAACAGACUGGAAAAAACAGCGUUUUUUCAGAGCAUGGAAAAAAUGGAGAGGACUAGAAGCUUUCAGGAAGAAAAAUUCAGUGAAUUCGAUCCUGGAACAGAAGAUGAAAAGCUGGACUUACAUUCAGAAGUUGUAAAGAAGUUGUGUGAUUCUGCAGCUCUUCAAAAUCAGAAGUUUGAGUUCAAGAGAGAAAGCAAAAGGAAGACUUCUCUAGCCUAUGAUAGUCCUACUCCACCAGCACCAUUUGAUCACCGGAUUGUCUCAGCCAAAAGGGUGGGGAUCAGCAGUUAUUAUAAUGUCAGCGAGAAUGAAAUCCUGGGAGGAGGGCGAUUUGGUCAAGUGCACAAAUGCGAAGAGAAAGCAACAGGUCUCAAGCUAGCAGCCAAAAUUAUAAAAGCAAAAGAUCCUAAACAGAAGGAUGAAGUAAAGAAUGAAAUCAAUGUCAUGAACCAGCUGAAUCAUGUGAACCUCAUCCAGCUAUAUGAUGCCUUUGAAUCAAAAAAUGAUAUCGUACUAGUCAUGGAAUAUGUGGAAGGAGGAGAGUUAUUUGACCGAAUUAUUGAUGAAAACUGCAAUUUGACAGAGAUGGAUACUAUCUUGUUCAUAAAACAGAUCUGCGAGGGAAUUCAGUACAUGCACCAAAUGUACAUUCUUCAUUUGGAUCUCAAGCCUGAGAAUAUCCUGUGUGUGAACCGAACAGCAAAUCAAAUAAAAAUUAUUGAUUUUGGAUUGGCAAGAAGAUAUAAACCCAGGGAAAAGCUUCGAGUUAACUUCGGGACUCCAGAAUUUCUUGCUCCUGAAGUUGUGAAUUACGAGUUUGUCUCCUUUCCUACAGACAUGUGGAGUGUAGGAGUCAUCGCUUAUAUGCUCCUCAGUGGAUUGUCUCCUUUUUUGGGUGAUGAUGACAAUGAGACCCUCAACAACAUCCUGUCCUGUAGCUGGGAUUUUGAAGAUGAGGAAUUUCAAGAUGUUUCUGAUCAGGCCAAAGAUUUCAUCUCAAAGCUUCUCAUCAAGGAAAAAUGCUGGAGAAUAAGUGCAACUGCUGCCUUAAAACACCCAUGGUUAUCAGACCACAAGCUCCACUGCAGACUCCAGGUCCCUAAAUUUAAAUAUCCUUGUGCACUAAAAAGGCUAAAGGUGACUGUGUGUCCCAAGCACCCCCGGCUCAAUAACCUUUCUGAAAGAGCUGCCAAACAGAAGAAAAGCUGCUGUGUGGUUACUGCUGCUAAGAGAUUUGAAAAUAUCAGCAGUCUUGGUGCUUUACCCCCCUGCUGUGACCGAGACUUCUACUAA